AUGCCUUUGAUUGAUAUGGCAGAAGCUGUAAGCCGUGGUGAUAUUAUUGUUGACGAAGUAGAUGCCCUGAAUGCUGUGAAUUCUGGGAAACUAAGUGAGAUUGAAACUGCUCGAUUUAGUCCAUUGGUUAUUGAGCAUUCUCGACGACAGAGCGGCGAAAACGGCUCUGGAAUUAAUCGUGCAGAUCCACUGCCAAAUUUAGAUGGUAUUGAGUUAGGAGAUGCAAAUGCAGCUGCAGGAAGCGAUGAUGAGCAUACAUGGAAUAAUGUAUUAGUGGAUGAAGUUGAUUUCGUUCAUGCUGUUGAACGGGGUCGUAUCAGUAGGAAUGAUUUACACAUUAUGGGAUGCCGCAGCAAUGCUGAUACCUGGAUUCCUCAGCGUGUAGUAGAUGAUGUCGAAGAGUUUGGUGAUAUUUCACAUGGUCAGGAUGGUUGGAAUAGAAUUUUGGUUGAUGAAGUUGACAUUCUUCAUGCUGUCGAAAAGAGAUCCAGGAUUGUUAAUCGCAGUGAAUGCCGUCUCAUUUACAUGCAUCGAGAAAAUGGAACUGGAAGAUCUGAGAGGAACGGUGAUAUUGUUCAAAGAGCGGAGUCAACAGUAAAUGGGGAAGAAUCAUUUGAAAUUGGUAGGACAACUAGCACUGGCAGUCCAAGUAGAGGCAAACAGUAA